CAUUCUGUAGCGAUUUUCUGCGGAUCUGACCUGCAUUUUUGGUUGAUUUCCGGUUGCUGCCACAAAAUACUUUUUAUGAGAAUUUAGAGAUUAUAGAAUAAAUAAGGCUUCAAAAUGAUGGAAAUUAAUCUAACACGUGUUGAUUAUACACAGGUUGGAGUUACAUCACCUAAAAGUUUAUGUUUGCUUCCAGUGUCAGGGAAAACACAAAAGAUUGCUGUGGCUGAUCACAAGGGUGUUUUACAAGUGUUUGGUCUCAAAAAGGGAGAAGUCCAGUCUGUGUUUAAGACACAGCCAGGACACAAAAUUAGCCGUCUGGAACUAGGUGGACCUGUUGAUGGAGUCAGGGAAAGAAUAUUUGUUGCCUCAGGUCCAGAGGUCAAAGGAUACACAAAGAAAGGAAAAAAUUUCCUUAGCUUUGAUACAAAUAUGUCAGAAUCCAUUGAAUCAAUGUAUGUGGAGGGUUCAGACCUGUUUUGUUGUGGCAAGUUUAUGUACAAUCACUACAGAGAUUGUAAGGAUACCAACUUUUUCUUGUCUGGGGAUGAAGUGAGUGAUGUGAUAUGUCUACCAACUAAUGUGGUGCAGGAUAUCACCCCAAUCCUUGCCUGUCAGGACAGGGUACUAAGAGUAUUACAGGAGUCUGAGUUACUGUAUGAAGUGGAAGUGCCUGGACCACCGGUUACAAUGUCCUUAUAUGGCAAUGAUGGAGGUGAUGAUGGCACUGAAAUAUUGUUUGGUACAGCAGACGGCAGAGUGGGACUGGUCCAGAUUGGAAGAGACCAACCUAUACACAGAUGGGAGUUGCCAAAUGAGAAGAGGAAUGGAGGUGUGUUGUGUAUUGACAAUUAUGAUAUCACAGCAGAUGGUGUCCUUGACCUGAUUCUAGGACGUGAUGAUGGUCUGGUGGAGGUGUACAGUUAUGAUGACUCUGAUGAACCCAUCCAUAGGCACACUCAUACGUGUAGUGAGAGUAUAACAUCCGUGCAAGGUGGGGUAGUUGCUAGUGCAGGCUAUGAUGAAAUUGUCUGCUCUACUUAUGCAGGUUGGAUAAUGGGCCUUACUACAGAGAGUAAAAAGAAAACGGCUGGGCCAGAUGCGUCUUUAUUGACCACCGAGGGUCGAGAUAAAAUUGUAGGACUGAGAACUGAUUUAGAGGAGCUUCAGCAGAAAGUGAUGACAGAAAGAGAGAAAUAUCAACAAACAGCUCAGAGUAACACUGCCAUCUCUGCUGUACCUAGCUUUCAUAUCAACGAUAAGUUUGUGCUCAACAGAGAAGAUGCUAGUUACACAUUGAGCUUGGAACUACAGAUGCCCAUUGAUAAUGUAUUGUUACAGAGUGAUGUACCAAUAGAUCUACUUGAUGUAGAGAAGAAUUCAGCUGUUGUCAGUUACAGUGCCUGCCAUCCUGAGGAGGGGAACUUCCUGUUGGCAACAUACAGAUGUCAAGCAAACACAACACGUUUGGAGUUGAAGAUACGAUCAAUUGAGGGACAGUAUGGUACAAUACAGGCAUAUGUUACACCCAGAGUACAACCAAAGACAUGUAAAGUGAAGCAGUAUCAAAUUAAACCUCUCUCACUUCACCAACGAACACAUGUGUUUGAUGAGAACAGACCACAUAACAGCCUGAAGUUGACAGGACAAUUCAGUCAGGCAGAGAUGCACUCCUGGGUAUGUUUCUGUCUCCCAGAGUUACCUGAGAAAACGCCACCUGGUGACAGUGUACAGUUUCACUUUAUGUCAACUUUCCUUGAUACUCAACUAGAAUGUCUAUACAGCAAAGGUGUAGCAACAUUCCGCUCUGACAACAUCUCCACAAUCUCCAUUCUCAAAGAUGUUCUCACAAAAGAAGCUACGAAGAAGAAAGUCCGACUGGAUAUAACAUAUGAUAUCAAUGAUGACUCCAUUCCAUACACGUUGAAUCUCAUUCAUCCUAAACUAGAGUACCAGCUUCUGUUGGCCAAGAAAGUACAACUUAUAGAUGCCCUCAAGGAGCUCCAUGUACAUGAGAACAACUUAGAUUUCCUGUCACCAGAAUAUCGUCAGAUCCUUGAAGAUGCUGAACAACUCAAGGUAGAGUACAAACGACAACCAUGUCACCUGGAGAGAUUAUAUGGAAUGAUCACAGACUUGUUUAUAGAUAAAUUCAAGUUCAAAGGUCAGAACAUGAAAGGUCGUGUCCCAGCUCUACUUGAAGUGUUAGACAAUUAUGAUCUUCAAACUCUAGUGCAAUUCUUUGAACAGACACAGUAAAGACACUGCCGGAAGUAUUUCUCAUGAUCCCAACUAAUAUUUACCACCACUUUUAUACAGAAAAUAGAUUGAGUGUCAAAAAGAUCAUUAAAGUGGUAGACAGAAAAUUCAUAUUGGAACAAGACAUGGAAUGAAAAAAAUACUGCAACACUGUACUUUAAGGAGGAAUUUAAGCAUACUAUCUUAUUUUUAGCUCGACUAUUCGAAGAAUAAGUAGAGCUAUCCUACUCACCAUGGCGUCGGCGUCGGCGUCACACCCUGGUUAAGUUUUUCGUACCAGUCCACAUUUUGACAAAGUCUUUUGAGAUAAAGCUUUGAAACUUUCAACACUUAUUUACCAUCACCAUGUCCAGUUAUAGGCAAGAGUACAUAACUCUGUCAAGCAUUUUGACUGAAUUAUGGCCCCUUUUGACUUAGAAAUCUUGGUUAAGUUUUUCGUACCAGUUCAUAUUUUGACAAAGUCUUUUGAGAUAAAGCUUUGAAACUUUCAACACUUGUUUACCAUCACCAUGUCCAGUUAUAGGCAAGAGUACAUAACUCUGUCAAGCAUUUUGACUGAAUUAUGGCCCCUUUUGACUUAGAAAUGUUGGUUAAGUUUUUCGUACCAGUUCAUAUUUUGACAAAGUCUUUUGAGAUAAAGCUUUGAAACUUUCAACACUUGUUUACCAUCACCAUGUCCAGUUGUAGGCAAGAGUACAUAACUCCAUCAAGCAUUUUGGUUGAAUUAUGGCCCCUUUUUGACUUAGAAAUCUUGGUUAAGUUUUUCGUACCAGUCCACAUUUUGACAAAGUCUUUUGAGAUAAAGCUUUGAAACUUUCAACACUUGUUUACCAUCACAAUAUCCAGUUGUAGGCAAGAGUACAUAACUCCAUCAAGCAUUUUGACUGAAUUAUGGCCCCUUUUGACUUAGAAAUCUUGGUUAAGAUUUUCGUACCAGUUUAUAUUUUGUGUAAAGUGUUUGACAUAUGGCUUUGAAACUUUUAUAUCUUGUUCAGUAUAAUAGUCUCUAUCAGUAGGCAAGAGUACGUAACUCUCUCAUCUUUUUUGGCUGAAUUAUGGCCCUUUUUGAACUUGGAAACUGGUUCUGUUUUGUAUAUGUCCAUGUUUUGUUAAGACUAUUUGACAUAUGUCUUUUAAACUUUAAACACUUGUUUAUCAUUAUGAUUUCCAUCUCUAGGCAAGAGUACAUAACUCUGACAACUAUUUUGACUGAAUUAUGGCCCUUUUUGGACUUUCAAAUUUGUUCAGUUUUUCUUACAAGUCAGCGUUUUGUCAAAACUAUUUGAACUGUGGCUUUGAAACUUUUAACACUAGUUUAUCAACAUGAUUUCCAUCUGUAGGCAAGAGUACAUAACUCUGUCAACUAUUUUGACUGAAUUAUGGCCCUUUUUGGACUUGGAAAUUAGUUAAAUUUUUCAUAUAAAUCCAUGUUUUGCCUAACAUAUAACUUAACAUAUUUGCCAUCAUGGUCACACAUUGCCAUUUAGUGCAAGACUAAUCGAAAUCCACAAAUAAAGGAACAUUUUUUGUUUAAUCCAUUUUUUUGUUUAGUCUAAAAAUCUAUGGAAAUAUUUUGACCCCAUUCUUCAAUCAAUUCUUCGAAUAGUCGAGCGCGCUGUCAUCCGACAGCUCUUGUUGCAUUAGCUAUUUAGUGUAAAAUAGCCAGCAUUGAGUUGACACACUGCAAAAAUCCCCAGUAUUUACUAAUAAAUUCCUUCACAGUGUUAUGUUAAAGGUAUAGGUUUUUUUCUGAAAUGACUGAUACAUUUAUUUCAUAGAUGUAUGGUCUUUAAAAAGGGAAUAUUAAACAAAAAUGCUGGAAUGAAAGUGUCACUUUGUACCUUUGCACUUACAUGGUUUAUAUUUAUCCUAUUUGUUAUCUUCAUUUCAACAGUGUAACAAAAAGCUUGUUUUUGAUCUGUUAUAUUUAAUAUGUUAAGAAACUGUUUCUUAAUUCCGUCCACUUAUUUAAUUUGACCCUUAGUUUCAUAAUUAUUAUAUCUCGUAUUUGGACAGUGUAAUUGUCCAGCUUUUGUUAUAGAUUAGAAUUAGACAUUUCAGCUUUUGUUUCAUCACAGAUUUCUUAAAAUGAAAGAAAAGCAAGAAAUUUGAUAAGCAAUGGCCCAAGCACCCAUUCUCACUUCAUUAGGUCUCUUGCAGAUGUCCUUUUUGGAUUGAUCAAAACCACAGCUAACUUGCGAUUUUGCUUAUUUCCUUUUGACCGUGAGUGGUCAAUGUUUUGCUUUAUAUUUAAGAUAUGACAUUAUGUUCAAUAGAAAAAAGGUACAAACAUCUUUGGCUGUGAGAACUGACAUAAAGAUAAACUAAGGUUGUUAAAUUGUGAAAGUAAAUAAUUAUGUAAUUGUGAAACUGUUUAUGGAUGUGAUUUUUAUAUUGUAAUUUAUUCAUGUAUUUUAUUUUACUGUUCUGUGAUACAAUUUGUCAAUGAAACUUUACUGCAAUAAAGUGAUUGUGGUUGUCAA